UAUUUUUUGUAAACAAAAUAAAUGUGCACUAUAAUAGACAAACAUAAACUAACGUUCAUGUGUACCCAUUAUUAUUUAAAAUGAAAAAAUCCAACAAAGAGAGUUUAGCUGAUCAAAUUGCUGGUGUUUUAAAUACAACUCCUGCUAGUUUUGAUCCAGAAGAUGAUGAAAUAGAUGAGACACGUGCAAAAUUAAUAGAAAACUUGUCUGAAGAUUAUGAAGAUGAGAUAUUAAGCACGUUUAGAAGGCAAAAUUUUGAAUUGUUAGUAGAUGAAGACCAACGGUAUGCAGGUAAAAAAGCAAGUAGAAAAAGUUUACAUGAUUCUGAUGAGGACUUUUCCGAAAAAGACGAUCAGUUUGAACAAUCAAAUCUUGACAAAUUUGAGAUUGAAGAUGAUGACAAUGGAACGGGUAGUGAAUCUGUUGAUUCUUCUGAAGAAAUUGAUCAGGAAGAUGAAGCACAAAGUGAAGAAUCUGAUGGAGGUGGGAGUCAUAAUGAGAGUUUUGCUGAUGAAUCGGUAACAGAAAGUACGGAAAUUUUCAGAAAUUUCAAAGAAGUAGAUGGAAACGCACAAAUAAAAAAAGGAUUAUGUGUUAGAAAUCAGAUGAGUGCGUGGGAAAAUCUAUUAGAAAUAAGGAUUCAACUACAAAAAUGUUUGAUAUCAGCGAACAAAAUGCCGCAAAAAGAUAAGUAUCUUGAAAUUAAGAAACAGUCCAGUCAGGAAUUUUCAGAACAAGUUGCUGUAACGAAAAACUCGUUAACCAGUCUAUUAGAUAAAUUAAUGUUAUUACAAAAACUAAGUCUAAGUAAGUACCCAGAAACGAAAAAGUUAAAUAAAAGCAAUGAAAAAGCCCUAAGAGAAGAUGAAGAUGAUGAGGAAAUUCCUAGUGAUACAGACGAAGACUUACCUUCCAAUGAAGAAGAAAGUGAAAGUGAAAUUCCUACUAAGAAACGAAAAUUAAAUGAUUUUGAAAAUUAUAUUAAUGGAAGGCAUAAUUUGUAUAAAAACUAUAGAAAUAGUGUUAUUCAAAAGUGGAAUGACAAAACACGAAUUGCUACGUUGAAAAAUAAUACUAGUUCUCAUUCUGUCCUUAAUCAUAUUGAACAUACUUUAAGCGACAGAGAAAAAUUAGUUAAAAGAACUCAAUUAAAAAGAAGUGAUUAUACUAUUAUAGGACAAGAGGCUCCUGUAGAAAAUGAAUUAAAAGAGGAAAAAACUUCUGUGGAGGAAUAUAAUACUGAAAUAUAUGAUGAUGAUGAUUUUUAUCAUCAGUUAUUGAGAGAGUUAAUUGAAGUAAAAUCAGCAGAUUUGACAGAUCCUAUUCAGCUUGGUAGACAGUGGAUUCAGUUGCAAAAAUUAAGAAGUAAAAUGAAAAGAAAAAUUGAUACAAAAGCAACAAAGGGUAGAAAAAUUAGAUACACCGUGCAUACAAAACUUGUAAAUUUUAUGGCUCCUAUUGACGACCAUUUGUGGACAGAUCAAGGAAAAACUGAAUUAUUUAGCUCUUUAUUUGGUAAGAGAGACUACAGCGGUAAUUCAUAAUAUAAUCGCAUGAUCAGUAAAUAUUAUCAAGUUAUUAAACUGGAAAAUAAAUUCGUAUUUGUAGUUGUGCUAAAUUAUAUAAACAUCCUUAUCAUUAUGUUGAAAAUUUUUCCACUAUUAUGCAACAGCUUAAUAUGUCAGAUAAUAUAUUUUAUUUUUAGUUAACUAAAAACAUAUUGUUAUUAA